AUGUACAUCCCUGACGGCUGGCUGGGGAUUUUGGCGGGAACCAAACUUUAUUUCGAUUUCAGUGUUAUCAGUGAAAGAUAUUACAAUAUGAAAAUGUCCCCGCUGUGUGAUAAUAAUAGUAGUAUUAGUAAUAAUAAUGAUAUUAAUAAUAAUAAUAACGAUAAUAAUAAUACUGAUUAUAGUACUGCUGUUGCGACUACUAGUGCUACUAGUAUUAAUAAUUGUAACGAUAAUUUUGGUUAUAAUAAUGAUGACGACGAUGAUGAUGAUGGGGGGAGUUAUGAUAAUAGUAACGAAUUGUUUCAACUGCAGAUCAAUAGGUUAGUUAGAGAAAUCGGCGAUAGGGGCUUAAGAAGAAGAAGAAGAAGUCGAAUUUUGGCGCGAAAAUUUUUUAAAAAUAGUAACGACUUAAAUAAUAAUAAUAAUACUUCUACUGCUUCUUCUUCUACUACUACUACUACUAAGGAUCAUCGCGACGACGACGAUGAUGAUGAUGGCUUAGAUGUUGAAGAGCAACUAAUAGCACAAGUAAAUCAGCCCAGUCAACAAAAAUCAACAAAACGAUCUGGUUUUUUCAGAAAUUCUAUAAAUACAACUGGGGGAAAACCCAGGGCUGAUUCUGGAAUCAGCACGGCGGAAGUUGCGAGUUCUAUCAUUAGUAACGCCAGUGAUGGCGAGAUUAAAUGCCAAAAGUGUGGUGCGCUUUUUAUAACUCCCGCUCAUUUGUCAGCCAGUGCCAGCCGUCCGUACUUUAGUGUAAGCUCAACUUCUCCGGAGUUUGAAGAUACUUUCCAUCUAUCCGUUCCUCCAUCAUCAUCAUCACAACUGCAAAAACUCCCGACACUACUAUCAUCACCGACACCACUACACGGUUAUGGUAAUGAUGUCAAACUCUGGUCUAGUUUGAAGGUUUCUGAUUGGCUGAAAAAAAUUGGCCUGGAAAAACGCAUCACAAGAUUUCAUGGCUAUACGGGCCCUAACUUGGUUCAGAUGAGAAAAAUCCAAAAAUUGGCUCCAAAUUAUUUUUAUUCUAGUCUCAGCGAUCAUCUACAAUUGAGUUUUCUCGAUGUUUUAAUAUUUUCUGAAUCGCUAGAUAGUUUAUUUUCAUAAUUUUUGCGUCAUUUUUCAAUUCAAAUUGUGAUUGUUUUUCAUUGAUUGAUUGGUUGGUUGGUUUGUUGGCUGGCUGGUUGGCUGGCUGGCUGGCUGGUUGUUUGGUUAAAUGAAUGAUUGAUUGAUUGAAUGUUUGACUGAAUGAUUGACUGAAAGAUUGACUGGAGUGAUGAUGAUUGACUGACUGGUUAUAUUUAGUUGAGCGAUUUACGAUUUUUUCAUACAAGUUGCUUCUUAGUGUUUAAAUCGUGCUUUAAUAUUAUUAUGCAUUACAAAUCAAGGCUUAUGGAUUAUACAUUAUGAACACCACACACACACUCACACACACACACACUCGCGCACGCACGCACAGUUGAAAUUAGUUAUGCUGUUUUUUAUAUGUGUAAUUAAUUAACCAUUAUUAAUAAUUAAUAUAUAUAUAUAUAUAAAAUAGUUUUUUCUACGUUUGUGAGUUAUACAUAAAUUGUUACAACUCAUUCAGCCAAUCUGGUCAUCUUUCUUUUAAUAUCUAUUUUACUUUUAAACGUAUCUGCUCUGUGCUUAUUUACAUAAGUUAUUCAAACCCGAAGUUAAAUUUCGUCUAAAAUCUUUGCGGAUAACUUAAUUCUGUCCGAAAAUUGUAAAAAGUUUGUAAAUUUCUUUUCUCAUUAGCUGCGAAGUUUGUGUGAUUGAGUACGGCCAGUCCGUAGAUUUGUUUUCUGUAUUUUCUAAAUGUGUAAUAUUUUUUUUAUUAUAUUAU